GUCUAACACUCACUUCUACAACAACAACAUGUUCAAGCUCGUCGUCGCCGCCUCUGUGGCUGUCGCCGCCCAUGCUGGUGCCAUCGCCGCUCCGGCUUACGGAGGAUACGGUCUUGCCGCCCCUGCCUUGGCCGCUCCCGCUUACGGAUACGCCUCGGCUCAUGCCGCCCCUCUGGCCUAUGCCGCCGCCGCCCCCGUUGUAGCCAAAGCCGCCAUCGCCUACCCUCCCCAGCCCUACCAGUUCGGUUACGACUCCGUCGACGAGUACGGAACCAAACAAUCCCGCCACGAGGUCUCUGACGCCCACAACAACAAGAAGGGAUCUUACUCUUUCACCGAUGCCCGUGGUGUUGCCCGUCAGGUCGACUACGUCGCCGACGCUCUCGGUUUCCGUGCCACCAUCAAGACCAACGAGCCUGGAACCGCUCCUUCUGCUCCCGCUGCUGCUCUCUACAACGCUGCCCCCAUCGCUGUCAAGACCAUUGCCGCUGCUCCGGUCCUCGCUAAGGUAGCUGCUGCUCCCAUCGCGGCCUACGCCCACGCUCCCGCUUAUGGUCACUCGUCACAACAGAAUAUUUUUAUUCUGGAUUCCGCUAUGUUCGCCAAGAUCGUCGUCGCUUCCGUGGCUAUCGCCGCCGCCAACGCCGGUGCCAUUGCUGCCCCAGCGUACGGUGGAUACGGAUUCUCUGCUCCUUUGGCUUACGCUGCUGCCGCCCCCGUUGUCGCUAAGGCUGCCAUCGCCUACGCUCCCCAGCCUUACCAGUUCGGAUACGACUCCGUCGAUGAGUACGGAACCAAACAAUCUCGCCACGAGGUCUCCGACGCCCACAACAACAAGAAGGGAUCUUACUCUUUCACCGAUGCCCGCGGUGUUGCCCGUCAGGUAGACUACGUUGCCGACGCUCUCGGAUUCCGUGCAACUAUCAAGACAAACGAGCCUGGAACCGCUCCCUCAGCUCCCGCUGCUGCUCUCUACAACGCCGCUCCCAUCGCAGUGAAGACCAUCGCUGCCGCUCCCGUUCUCGCUAAGGUCGCUGCCGCCCCCAUUGCCGCCUACGCUCACGCCCCUGUCUACGGCCACGGCUCCUCUUACGGUCACUACUAGGAUGACAUGGUCACAUCAGAGAGCCAAAUCUUUCACCUCUUCUAGUCUCUGUUCUUUUCUUCCGGAAAAACCUUCGACUCACUCUACUCUCGGCGUGAGUCUCUGUCCCCGAGGUUCGCCAAAUAAAGUAUAGUUUUUAAGACUUUUCC